AUGGCUGGACAGCGAUUUCUGAUCGUACUGAUCGUGGUUUCGAUCUUGGUACCAUCAAUUCGGGAGGCUUCUGCCAGAACCUGUGGAUCGAGACUCCAGUUGCGGACUCAAAAUGAUCCCGUUGACCUCAGUCGGCUGAGCGAGAAGCAGCUAAAACAGCUGGUUGAGCAGUUGGCAAAAUUGCAAACUCAGAAGGGCGAAGAUAGCGGAGAUCUGGUGGAGGAAGAGGAUGACCCAGAACAGGAUCAGGAACUGGAGGAUUCCGAGGACGAUCACCGCGGCGGAAGUCGUCCAUGGAACAGAGUGCAGCGGAUAAUCCGACGACAGCUGGUGAAAAUACCCAAGAGAUAUCUCAAGAAGCUCCUUAGGCAGUUUGGAUUGGCCCGGAGUGCUGGACAUAGCGGUGUCCGGAGUGCGGACUUGGCUGCUCCCCAGCUGGAGGAGUACUACCUAAUACCACUGGAAUGAAAAUAUUGACGGGAAAUAAACACAUUUUGGAAAUACAACACUUUUUCGUGCACUCUUUUGGGCGCUGGGCUAAAGUAUUGCUCAUACUAAAUUCUUUUGGCUAUCAAAUAGCUUUCCCCACCGCAAAAGUGAAUAAAAAAUAUUA